CAUCAACAUCAGCAAGAAGGGGUGGCUUGGCAUCACAGCUAUUCCAUUUGUGUCAAGAAAACGAAGCGGAAUCUUCUGGUAAUGCGCACCAGAACAACAAUGGCCACGAGAUCGAAGAACUCCUAGAAGGUGACGAAGAAGCACCACUAGAAGACGUCGAGUUCCUUUUUUCUACUCUGAUGGAGCAGCAAGCCCGACGAGCGAGAAAACUGCAGCAAGAAAAACUAGAGCGAGAUGGGAAAGUCAGACUUGGUGCGACUUUUCAUCUUUUCCAGCAUAGGAGGGAAUCCCAAACAGUAUCGCAGCCAGAAGCACUGCAACAACUAGACGAGGAGUUUGUCGAGCUUCUACUUGAGGACACCCUGGAUCUCGAAUUGAACGAAGAAAUAGACGCUUUGGAGACGUUGUUAGAAAGGUUGAGUCUAGAGGAUCGUCAAACUGGUGCAGCAAAAACAGAUUGUUCAGGUGCAACUGCUGGAAUCAAGAGCGCAACUAGAACUAGACGUCUUAGAGGUUCGUCUACUACUGGUAGUACGAAUUUUCACAGAAAGUGCCUUUGCGAGCAAACUUUCGAGCAGCAGGUUGAGGACAAACUAGAAGAUGCAGGAGCAGGACAAACU